AUGUCUUCACGCGAGGCGGCAGAUGGUGAUCCGGAUGAACUGGGUUCUCCGGCCGAGUUCGUGCAGUUGAUGGCGUUGGAACGACUUGAUAAUAGCGAAGUAUUACACGCCGAUACAGUUGAACCAGAAAAAGUUGAACGUUUCCGUUCACUGGCUGCUCCAUACGCUCCUGGCAUGAAUAGCCGCUCAUUUGGCGGUCACGUAUACGCCCAAUCUGCAUUUGCCGCCUCAAAGACAGUCGGAAAAGGAUUUGUGGUCCAUGAUAUGACGGGCACCUUUGUCUUGGCCGGCCGGCUAGACGUUCCAUACGUGUACACCGUACGGCAUAUUCGCGAUGGCUUCAUGUAUUGCACACGGGCUGUUGAUGCUCGACAAGAUGGCAAGAUCUGCUUCUCGUGCCUAUGUUCAUUCAAAAGAGAUGAAAAUCAAUGCGACUUCCACCACCAGCCCCCACCGGUGCAGGAGCGGUUUCGGGAAGUUUUGGCGGCCAAACGACCUGAAGAUCAACCUCUCAGCCCCGAUGCUGAUGCGGACUGGUGGACUGAAAUAGUCCAAGAUGGCGACAUAGAAGAACAACUCUUUCCCGGUCUUGACGUGCGGAAAACCGACAUGCUGGACUAUAACAAGUCCAGAGCCAGCCGAAAGGGACAAGCUGAGCAUUGGCGUCAAUUGACACAAUAUCGACUCAAGGGAUCUCCAGAUGAAGAUCCCGGUGCAACACUUUCUCAAAUUCGAGAAAGAGACCAGGCUGGCGAAUACGAUAAUCUCUAUGCCUGUGCGCAUAUGUACUCUAGUGACAAAAACUCUCUCUUUUUGAUUCCGCGGGCCCUGGGUAUCAAGAAUUGGAGUGAAAUAUGCAGUCUUACUUUGACGGUGAUUGUCCACCAUCACGGAGAGGCAUUACGAAUGAUUGAUUGGGACACCCCUAGCAGCGAUGGCUCUGGUGUAUCGAUGAAAUGGUUCAUACAGGAGGGUUGGACGCCUCGGUCAGGAGAGAACAGAGCCGUGCACGAAAGCCACUUGUGGGGUCCUGAUGGCACAUUGAUAGCCACGUCGUUACAGGACGGUAUGCUUCGACUGCGGAAAAUUGGCCGAGCAGGCAAUCUGUAA